AAACAUGAAGUCAGUGAUCUUCAUGUCGGAAAGUAGGAGCUCUAGAGACAGAUGCCCAAGUAUCAGACUUGGAAUUCUGGGUAGAUUUUUCCCAUUCGGAUAUUGUUUUUUCCCCCAGGUUCCCAGUUGUCAUGAACGGACUGAAGUCGGAGAAUUCCGAUCCCAGUUGUUUUGAACGCGGCAGUUGUUUCAAUCAUCUUACAUUUUGCAUUAAGGUGAACAUGUAUGCCUUUGAAGUAAUUGUACUAUCUGUGAAAUGACGGAUAAAUGCGAAGACAGUGUAAAAUAUUCCGAUUGAUUUUCAGUUGUAUUUAUCGAUAAAGUCAACAACAAAAAAUAACAGAGAAAGAGGCGAAGCAACAGGGUUGACUCCGCCACGAAAAUAAGACCACGAAGUAAGGAAUUUUUCAAUGAGCGUGUCGAAUUUGGUCAACAAAAUAUUGAAUUGCUACAUAAAGCUUAUUUGAUCGAAUAUACGUUUCGUAAUGGCUAUGUUGUUAAGAAUGCAGUGGUAUAAGUGGACGCACGUGGCAUUUCGUCAACUUUGAAAAAAACUACUUUAUAUCGGAGUUGUGUUUGGGGUGCGUUCAGUUCGCUUGAAUGUUUGCUACUUUGCGGAACGGUUUGUACUGAACGACACAUUUCCUCAAAACGUUUUUGAACAUACUUUGACGUACGUUUGCCCCAUUUAGACAUAUUCUGUGCCAUUAUAGCGUCCGUGACAGUUUGUGCAGGGCCGUUGUGGCUACAACCCCAGAUGACUACUUUAAAAUGGUGGAAGUCUUCAAUGGCGCUGCGCAUGUUAAAACGUCAUUUUGGCCACUAGAGGCCUCUGUCAUUCUGUAUGGUUCGCUCCUGUUUGGUGGGUGUGGCUUGAAGCAAUGAGGACGUAAUUAAAGGGGAGUGGCCAUGAUGACAGCGUUCCAAAACAACAACCCAACCUCUCCCCGUUUUUCAACUGGACGUUCAGCACAGCGCCAUUUCCAUUCAAUUGAACGCAGCCCUGUUGUUCACACGCGUAUCUGCUCUCUCAUUGGCUAGAACCUGAUCUAGCCUUCUUCCACCUGACAUAUUUGAGGACAUGUAUUUCCAUUGUUAGAGCGGUCACUCGACUAUCUUGACAAUAUAUUAAAACGUCUUUGAGCGAAUGUUUGCAUAAUAUUUUACGUAAGACAGCGAGCGUGAUUACGUCAGCGUCAGGCUUUGCGUGUUUGUUGUAAAGCAUGAGGCGCGUACUCGGUUACAAUACGUUGAAGAAUAUCAGUGAAGUAGGUAAAUACUUUCAUCCCCAGGUUUCUUUGACAGCUUGCUGUCGAGCCUUAUUUUAUCAGUCAUUUUGCACGAAAACUACCAGUGAUUCUACAGCCAUGGAUCUCAGUGACAUGCGAAAAAAAUACAAAGGAGACGAAGAGUGCUUUGAAGAGAAUCAUCUUGUUUCUCUGGACCCCAUCAAGCAGUUUGAAGAUUGGUUUGAUCAAGCCACAAAGUGUCCUGAAAUUGGAGAGCCCAAUGCAAUGUGCAUCGCCACAUCCACCAGAGAUGGACGUCCAUCUGCUCGAAUGGUCUUGUUAAAAGGCUACAGUAAAGAAGGCUUCCGGUUCUUUACCAACUACGAGAGCCGGAAAGGUGGAGAGCUGGAGAGCAACCCUUAUGCAUGUCUGUGCUUUUACUGGGAGCCCAUCAACAGGCAGGUCCGUAUCGAGGGCAAUGUGGAGAGAAUCCCCUACCAGAGCUCCUGUGACUACUUCCACUCCCGGCCCAAGAGUAGCCAGAUCGGGGCCGUUGUGAGCAGACAAAGCACUGCAGUCCCUGACAGAAAUUACCUGAGACAGAAAAAUGCAGAGCUGGAGGAAAGGUACAAGGACACAGAUGUCCCCAUGCCCGACUACUGGGGAGGCUAUAUCGUCAAGCCUUACUUGAUAGAGUUCUGGCAGGGUCAGACCAACAGGCUACAUGACCGCAUCGUCUUCACGCGGCUGAAAAAUGGAGAGAGUGUUCUAGAAGAGUAUGAACAUAAUGCUGAGGCGGGCUGGGUCUACCAGAGGCUAUCCCCUUGAGGUCGGUUACAUUAGGGGAAAUGGACUAAAGGCAAGGCUGGAGAUUGGGCCUAGCGUACAAGUCACUCAUGAUGUCAUCAUCGUCAACCAAAUGACCACCGUCAUCUCAAUGCAGUAGGAGCCUCUCAUGUUGAUGUUGAAUGGAAGACCUAUUGAUGUUGAAUAACUACGUGCUAUAUGUGUGUCUUAGAAAAAGCAAAUUAUGGCUUGUUUUCUCCAAUCGUUCUUGUUUAAUACCAAAUCAGUAGCGAAUUUAUUUUUAUUUAUUUUAUUUUCUGGAUGGUUAGGAGGCCUGAUUGCCUGUUGUCUCCAGGGCAACAAUGGGAAAUGAUCAAUGUGAUAUGACUAUACGGUCUAGCACGUAACCUGUGAUGCAAGGUUUUACGAAUCUCAAUAUGCUGUAUGGCACACUUUACAUUCCCUGACGCUUGACGUGCAAAGUCUGUCUAGUACAGUAGUCAAUGUUGGAUAAUUAUUGACAGUUAACCGGUUAUCCAAUGAAAAUGCAUUUCCGCGACCUCAACAACCCCUGGAAACUCUGUACUUGUAAAAAGUGCAAUCUCCAGUACUGUCUGUCUGUUAUUUAACAUUUGUACUUGAGUUCCACUGUAUUGGAUGACAUGUUCUGUCUAGCAGCUAAUAUGUCUUCUGAAGGCCCAAAUCCACAGCAAUUUCUCUGUCAUGUAAUACAGAUAGCUUAUUAGGCUGUAGUCCCUGUGUUGAAUUUGUUAUGGAUUGAUUGUCAUGUCUGUGGCUCAAACUGCCUUUUUAAUAUAGGUAAAUUAAGAUUAGAAGAGUUGACGUGAGUUCAGUUGUGCCAAGGUAAUUCAGUGUAUAAAGUCAGUCAUGUCUGAGAAUGAGCUUGGUUGUUCACUUGAUUUUCUUGGUGUGUGAAGACCUCUGUAUUCGCGACAGUUUAAAUGGCAACUCCGAAUUGUGAUCGACUGAAUGGAUCUGAAAAUGUUUAAAUCUGCAAGUGAGUACUCUGCUUUUUCUGGCCAAAAGAUGUUGGUGUUGCAUGAAAAAAAGCUAAAUUUUACCUUCCAGUAAGUAUAUUGCCAUACACCUUGACUGACAUUUUGAUGUUUUUCAAUCAACUUUAUUUUAUGCAGAUCUUUUUAGCGUGUUAGAUGAAACAGAACUGUAUAUAAAUAAAGAAAAUAAUCACUGGAUCACA